AUGCCGACUCGUUACCAAGUCCAGGAGGGCGACAACAUCAGCGUGGAGCCGCUAGGCCAACCGCUGACGUUCCACUUCUCGCAGCGCACAGCCAAGAACCGGUUUCUCAAGGCGGCCAUGGCCGAGGGCCUGGCAACAUGGAGCCCGACCGAGCUGGAGGAGCGCGGGAUCCCGACGCCGGAGCUAGUGGAGUUGUACCGGCGCUGGGGUGAGGACGCACAGGGCUGGGGGGUGAUCCUGACGGGCAACGUGGCGAUUGACUUUGAGCACAUGUCGGGGGCGGGCAUGACUGUGAUCACGCCGGAGUCGCCCUUUUCGGGGCGACGCUUCGAAGCCUUUCAGGCGAUGGCAGCGGCCGGCAAGGCGAACGGUAGCCUGAUGGUGGCGCAAGUGGUGCAUCCGGGGCGCCAGGCACCAGAGACGCUGACCAAGGAGCCGUUCUCGGCGUCGGCCGUGCCGCUGGCCCCCAAGAUGGGGCACACGUUUGCGAUGCCUCACGCGGCCAGCCUGGCCGAGAUCCAGCGCGUCAUCACCGGCUACGGCCACGCGGCCGAGUACCUGGAGCGGGCCGGUUUCGAUGGCAUCGAACUGCACGGCGCACAUGGCUACCUGAUCGCGCAGUUCCUGGCACGCCGCACGAACCAGCGGACGGAUGCGUACGGCGGCUCGCUGGAGAACCGCAUGCGGCUUCUGCUCGAGAUCGCACAGGAGGUUCGGCGGCGCACCAGUCCGGCCUUUAUCGUGGGCGCCAAGAUCAAUAGCGUCGAAUUCCAGGACGGCGGGAUCACGCCCGACGAGGCUCGCGACAUGUGUGCGCUGUUGCGGGCCGAAGACGUGGCCCUGGACUUUGUCGAGCUCAGCGGCGGCACCUACGAGAAGAUCGGCCAGUCGUGGGCUGACGACGUCAAGGAGAGCACGCGGCGCCGAGAGGCCUUCUUCUUCGAGUUCGCCCAGACUGUCGUGCCCGCCUUUGGCGUCGAGCCGGCCGACCGCACCACCAAGGUCUACCUCACCGGCGGCUUGCGCACUGCUCCGGCCAUGGUUCGCGCCCUAGAUGUCGUCGAUGGCGUCGGCCUCGGGAAGCCGGCCGCGGCUGAGCCUGGCCUUGCGGCUGCCCUGUUGGAUGGCUCUCUCUCCGGUGCCAUCCGCCCGGUCGACCAGAUCGCUCACGACGACGGCCUCAGCCUCAUUGCUGCCUGCGUGCAGUUCCGCCAGAUCACCCAAGGCUACGAGCCGUUCGACCUCAGCGACCCGACCGCUACGGCCACCUUCCUCAGCGACAUCGGUGCCCUCUUCCAGCGCCGGGCCAAGGACACGGAUCAGAAAGAGUCGGGCGUCUGUAACUUUUCCGGGCCCCAGACCAAACAUAUCUCGGCGGCCUAG